GUUUUUCUCAUCGAUCCGUUACUACUCUACCAAUUAAUUGAUGAGAAAAGUCGGCGACUAUUAAAACAAAGGGAUUUAUCGCCCGUGAGAUCAAUGGCUAUGUAUCGAGAAUAUUGCCAAUCGUUUGGUAAAGCAUUGGAUCAGGAAAUGGCUAAACAGUCGUAUAGUAUAUCGAGUAUCGAUGGGUUAGACGGAAGUCAACGUCAUUUUGCCAACGAGUUCACACUCAUCGACAAAACUAUUUUGCAUAUAUUUUACACCAAACAUCGGGAAUGCCUACAAAUAUCCGUAUUUCACAAACGCCACGACUUUCUAUGGUUGGGUGCGUUACCCAUGGAUCACAUCCAGAGUGACGACAUGUCUGUGUCAAUGGACUUACAUUACGGCAAACAUGAGUCGGCUUUCGACUCCUUUAGCCUACAGUCCGUCAAAACCGCGCAAAACGUAUCGCUUUUAAUACCCGACAAAAUCAUACACUUUAUGUCACAAUACAAGUCAUCGAAAUUCAUUGAAUGUAACUAUAGUUUAGCCAAAGAUUUCGCUCACAAACACUCGCAAGACUUGACUGAAUCGCGAGAUAUGGAUAAUCGGGUCAGAGAUGGCUUAACGGCCCUCAAGACCCUGACAUCAAAACUUUUGAUACCCUUUUUCAUCACAAGUGGUACGCUAUUGGGUUGGCACCGGCAGUGCGGUGUCAUCCCAUACACUGGGGACGUGGACACCGGCACGUGGGCUACCUAUGCCUCCGUGUCCCUUAUCGACGCCUUUGUGCACAACAAUGAAAGCCUUGAGUUGUCCUACAUUUAUGGGUUCAUUGAGAAUAGCCUACAGUUUGCUAUGCAUUCAACUCUGGGCUUACGGAUUGACAUGUUUUUCGCGUAUAGGGAGGGCCCUAACGUCACGUUUACGGGUCAUAUAUCCGAGAGAAAGGCGUAUUUCCAGUAUAUGUACCCGGAUUUUAUCCUCUGUUCAGCUGAAUUGGUNAUGCAUUCAACUCUGGGCUUACGGAUUGACAUGUUUUUCGCGUAUAGGGAGGGCCCUAACGUCACGUUUACGGGUCAUAUAUCCGAGAGAAAGGCGUAUUUCCAGUAUAUGUACCCGGAUUUUAUCCUCUGUUCAGCUGAAUUGGUUGGGCUUAAAGUGUUAGUCCCAUGUAAUCCAGAAGCGGUGAUUAGCGCAGUAUGGACCGGAAUGGUAUAAACCAAAAACAUCCUGGGCAUGGGACUCAUCCCCAUAUAAUAUGGGUCCAAUCAAGUACUGGGGCCCGGAUAAGGCUAAAUACGCAAAUAAAAAACUUUAUUAUAAUUCAAUAGAUAAUUCAAGUGUAACUUAAUUUUUAAAAUUGAACG